AGGAUUUUUGCUGCGCGCACAUGGACUCUGCACUUCCGCUGUCGGUGCUGGUCCGCUAUAUCUCUCACAACUCUGUAGAGUUUAACAAGUAAAACAAAAAACAAGUUUAUUUUUUUAAAAUAAGCAUUUGCUUGUGCAUCGUAUUGGAAGCGUUUCAGCAGAGCGAGACUGGAGUGUCGUUUAAGAGGUUCUGCAUUCUUUAGUGCCGAUUAUGGUUUAACCAGCGGCACUUUGUUGAGCGACAGCAGGUGAGAGACAACAAAGCAGCCAUGCUGACACUGGCAAGCAAGCUGAAACGAGACGAUGGAGUGAAGAGCGGGCGCUCCUCAAACACAGCCCCCGAAUCUACUCGGAGAGUAUCCAUUAGAGAUCGGCUGCUGGUCAAAGAGGUUGCCGAGCUUGAAGCAAACCUUCCAAGUACAUGUAAAGUGAACUUCCCAGAUGUAAACAAGCUGCAUUACUUUCAGUUAACUGUCACUCCAGAUGAAGGUUAUUAUCAAGGAGGAAAAUUCCAAUUUGAAAUAGAUGUACCUGAAGCCUAUAAUAUGGUGCCUCCUAGAGUCAAGUGUCUAACUAGAAUAUGGCAUCCGAACAUCACAGAGACGGGUGAAAUCUGUUUAAGUCUGCUGAGAGAACAUUCGAUAGAUGGAACAGGCUGGGCACCGACCAGAACAUUAAAGGAUGUUGUUUGGGGCCUGAAUUCACUGUUUACUGAUUUGCUGAACUUUGAUGAUCCCUUGAAUAUUGAAGCUGCAGAACACCACCUACGUGACAAGGAGGAUUUCCGGACUAAAGUACAAGAUUUUAUCAAGCGAUACGGAAGAUGAUGACGGCGUUUUACUUUCACUGUGGGUUUCACGCGAUGUCGCCAAACCUUCCUUACUUCUGAUGAACUCUCAAACCCUAAAGAAAUUGAAAUCCUAUUCAGUAUGUAAAGUAAUUAAGACCCCACAAGUGGAUUGGACUCGGCCUGAUCAGCAUUAAGCAAGGAGGGAGUGCACUGAACAAACGUCAUCAAAAUAUUCGAGUCACCAAGGGGGGGGACAGCAAAUUAUACUCCAAGUAACUCUUAGGUUUUUUGUUUUUUUUUUUCCACCCGUGACACUCGCCCGUUAUUAGUUCAGUUAAUCUUAGUAGCUGUCACCAGCUAGAGUGCCAGUCGCCCUUCUCACACGUCAACGUGGCUUCCAUGUCGUUGCUCUUCACGUAUUGCAACUGUUUACAUCCACACACCAGACAGGCUGAUUUUAUGAAGUGUUAACCCUGAGCAGAGAUUUGGUCAAAGGGGCUUUCAUCUUCAUCAUAGUAUUGCUUGCUGCACUUGGGACUUUUGUUUCAAGUGUUGUCAUUUUAUAUAUAUAUAUAUUAUUAUUAUUUUCUUAAAUGUUAUAAAGGAAGGUACAGGAAUGUUAAGGUUUACUCAGAAUACGAUUACGUCACGGAGGAGAAAUCUGCCAAAGUCUUUUUUUUUUCUUUUCAUUUCCUUUUUCAUAGGUUGGGGGGGUCAAGUCUUAUAGGGGGCUUCAGUAUACAAAUGCAACCUGGAGGGGGGGGGGGGGGGGGGGUCAUCUCAGGUGUGAAUAAUUAACAAUGUGAAGAAGAAAAAGAAAAAUCCAACGUUGUCAUUUCCGAAUGUGAUGCUACGUCCACCAGAGUCCUCCUGCCGUAAGUAAAUGUUGUAUUGCGUGUGACUCUGUGGUGCGUUUGAAAUUCAUAUGACGUUUUAUUUCAAGUUACUGCAGAAGAGAGCGCAAAAACAAAACAGAAAUGAUCCCCGAGUUCAUUGUCACGGAAUGGAGUGUCUCUUAACUGCCAGAAUUCCUGGUGCUUGUUUCUCACUUUAUUUAAAUCUAUUCAUUUUUCAGAGAUGUAUAUCCAUUUUUAAAAUAUAUUAAAGAGGUAUUAUAAUACA